UUGUUUACAGUUGCUGGGGCAACGUUUAACACCCGGAAAGGUUCACAUUCAGCCACCACUGCGCCUAAAGAUCAGUGGCAUUGACAUUUUGUAGUAACUGAGGAAAAACAAUAACUUGUCAUACGAAAAGAUGGCAGACCCAGCAACAGACAAAGUGCUUAUAACAGAGACUGCUGAACUGUCUUCACGUUCUGUGCCAUCCUACUUUGACCCCUAUGAGCGCUCUGUAAAAUACAUGGAAAGUCAUCAAAUUCUUCAGAUCUUUCAGGAGAUUGCUGAGAACCUGGUUUUUGACAGGCCAGACGAUCCUCUUCAGUUCAUGUUAGAACAGGUACAAUUGAAGAUUCGAAACAGAGAAGAAUCCAACGGCAAACCAGAGAAAAUAGAGUAGGCUAGCAGCCUGUUCUACCAUGCACUGCAGAAGACAACUGCGUCAUUCAAUCAUGAGUAAAAUGUAAUUCAUUGCUCACAGUGUCGUCUGUAUAUCUCCUGGGGGACUCCAAAUCAACAGCUAGCAUAGGCCAUUCACAGGAAUACACAUAGGCUAUGUUACACUAUAAACUGCCUCAGCAAUCUAUAGACCAAGUCUUAGUAAAAUGGCAAUGAUUGUGAAGUAGGCUAGCUAUCUUAUAGUCCAAAUUACAAUUUAGCAAGACCAGACAUACAAACAACCUUGUGAUACAAUUUUGAUAUCUCAAAUGCAGAAUAACUUCAAUGCAACAGAAGUAUACAAAACAAAUGUACAUUUUUUAUUUAGUAUCCUAGGCGGACUGUUCAAUGCUCAGCCAGUCACCAAAUAGGCUAUUCAGAUGAGCCACUACAAUGAAGCAAUCUGGGUUUAGACAUUUUCAAGACAUUAAAUCAAAGUUUCAUAAAUUGUAUGUUAGAGCUUAUUAAAAAGCAUUAACGACAUGAAUCAAAUCAAAAUGAUUGAUUCUCUUUUAAUCUUUUUAGAAUUAUUUUUUGUCUCUAUCUAUCUCUAUAAUGUAUUGCUAUCAUCUGGGCACCUAGCCUUUUCCCUCCCUCCCUUUCUAGCCUAUUUAAUCUCAGAAAAUAACCUAUAUGCUUAAUAUUAUAAUUUUUCCCACUUUCUUCCUCCACUUUUUCAUUUUAGAAAAACGUACGGUACUCUGCCUGUGAAGGAAUGGCCACUACAGGCCCUUGUGCUAUCUGUCUGCCACAGCUACACAUCGACCUUGAAACUCCUGAUGCGUUUCAUUUAAUUUGAGUAAGCCCCCGUGGCACCACAGCGUUGUAAAUAAUGAGACUCUGGGGAAACAAUAAUUCUUCAGAAUUUGAAUUCAAAGUAAUUCUUCAGAAUUUGAAUUCUAUUUUCUUUAAGCCCAUCACUGAUAAUAGAUAGGACCAUGGUAACUAGAUCUGUUAGCCAACAUAGCAAGAGGACUGAAGAAAGUGCCAUGUUAUGUCACCAUGGAGACAGACCUGUACCAUGUGUAGUUCACAUAGUGAUAGAUCAAGCGAAGCACGCUGUCUGAUCUAUGUUUUUCAUGUUUCAAGAUGAUUCUCCAAUCAUUGUAAAGACCGCAAGCCAUGGCAGAUCGAGAAAACAGAAAAACAUUAUGCUAUGGUUAUAACGAGUGAUCAUCCAGUUAUGACAUACUGUAUGCAGUGGAUCAACUUCAAAACCAAGAACAUGGUCAUACUUUCACAUUUCAGAAUAGGCCUAGGCAUACUCAGUUGGCACUUGGCAGAACUGUUAUAAGUGAGCAGCCUACAUGAAAUUUAGCAACAAUGACAACACUUUUUGGACCAGUUUCCCAAUUUGGUGGUCCAUUACGUUUCGGUUUUGCGGAAAUACAGUCAUUAAAGUUGAAAAUCAACUGUCUGUUCCAAGGUGGUAUCUUGGGUCACUUCUGUUUGUAAUGACUCAGGAUUGUCUUGCUUUUACAAUAAACACUCAAAACUAACCAAACAGCUUUCACAAUCUCAUGUUACUUCAAUGAAAGACCAGUCGUGGGGAGCGUUCAUUCUUUAUUUGGUUGUGGAUGUGUCUCACAGGUCACUCUGUUUACUGAGAGAAGAACAUGACACCUGAUUUGGACACCAAGGACCGCUGCUUUAGGGCCUUGCUUAUCUGGGGCAAUUUGGUCAUUGCAUGCUGCGGGAUUGCCUUGAUGGCCAUGUGUAUCUUCUUCAUAUCGGAUCGAGGUGGAUUGUAUGUUUUGGUGUACGCCACAGGAAAUGACAGCAUCUGGAGGGGAGCCUGGAUAGGCGUUUUCACUGGGUUUGCCCUUUUCUGCACAUCGAUCUUUGGAAUGCAUGCCAUAGUUGUGUCCAAAAGAAAUAUCCUACUAGCUUACAUCCUCCUGAUGGUGAUCAUAUAUGCAUUUGAGGUGGCAUCAGCUAUUACUGCUGCAACACAUAAAGACUGGGUGACCAAAACAUCAGCCAGGAAGCAGCAGUCUAAGUGCUGUGGAGUGUACGGGCCAGAGGAUUGGGUGAAGUAUGAGUCCCACUUCAGGCAGCAAAACACAGAUGCUGAUAAUCCUUGGCCCAGACAAUGCUGUCAGCAGGAUGCUACCGGAGCCAUCAGCCAUCUAGAGGCCUGCAAAAUCGGGGUUAGCCCUUUCCUGCAUGCACAGGGUUGUUAUGAUUACAUUGCUGGUCCGUUGAUCAGACACGUCUUUGGAGUCUCAUGGUUUGGAUUCGCCAUAUUGUGUUGGACAUUCUUUGUGAUACUGGGAGUAAUUUUCCACUACAAUCAGUUGGAUUUCUGAGGAUGACCAACAAAGAAAGCUUCAAAUAAACUUCAGUUCAGACCUACCAGUAAAGAAGUAAUGCAAAUAUAACACUUUUUUGUUAUGAUCAACAAAUAACCUUAUUAAAAUGUAAUCAAUUGUGUCUCUAAUCAAAAUUAAGAGAACCAAUAAAUGUACUAAAAACAA